AUGACGGCUGUUGAGAGUGAACAACGCGUUAAGGACGAAAAAGAAAAGGAAGAGGAGAAGCCGCGUCCACAUCCACUCCAAGACUCGUGGUCUUAUUAUUUGUUCCAGUUCAGAAAGGCACUCGAUUGGGAUGAAUGUCUAGAAAAGGUGGCAACUUUCAGCACUAUUGAGGACUUCUGGAGCGUACUCACUCAUACAGUUAGACCGAGAGAGAUAACUUAUGGCAAAGAUUUGUAUAUGUUCAAAUCUGAUAUUAUGCCGAAGUGGGAGGAUCCGAAAAAUGAAAAUGGGGGACGUUGGCUAAUCAAUGUUACUGCACGACAAGACGUCGACUUUUUAUGGGAUGAAUUGUUGAUGCUUUUGAUCGGUUCCGACUGGGAUACGGAUGAAGAAGAUAGACAAAUAUGUGGAGCGGUGUUUCAACCACGGUCUCGGGGUAGCAAGCUUUCAGUUUGGCUAACUAGUGACAAUGAAGAAGAAACUAUCCUAAGCAUUGGGAGGCGAAUUAAAGAGCGUUUAGAAUUAGAAGACACGAUCUACUUUCAACCUGUUUCUGAUCAAAGAUCACAAACUAGAGGCAGCGAUAUUUGUACUGGAAAAUAUGAAAUUUAG